AUGAACAUUUCAGAAAGGUCACUUUCCCCUCCUCCAAAAAAAUUCAAAGACGAAGACAAUCAUGAAGACAUCAAACCGGCAAAAAAACCUAAAGAUGAUGAGAAAGAUAGUUCAUCCAAAUCUCUUGAAAACCGCAGAAAAGAAAAACGCGAUGAUGAAAAGAGAAAGUCUAAAUCGGAUGCGGGCAAAGAGAAGGAACGAGAAAAGGAUAAAAAGGCGCGGAAAGAGAGAUCACGGUCAAGAUCUCCUGAUGCAAAACGACGAAGGAGUGAUAGAGAAAAAACCAAGGGGAAAGACAAAAAGAAAGAGAAUCAUAGCGAUCGCAAGGAAAGACCAAAGAAGGAGAAAGAGAUAGUUGAUGAAGAAGAGAAGAAAGAUGGUGAUUUGGAAGAGGGCGAGGUAGUAGAGCCAGUACGACAGCCUACCGCUAGGGAACUUGAACGUCUACGGCUUAUUGAACAACUGGCAAAAGAAGAUGCGGAAGAGAGCGGUCCCUCGUCCUCGGUCCGUAAUGUUGAACAAGCUCAUGAUUCGCGGGCUUGUCCAUAUUUGGAUACUAUUGACAGAAAAGUCCUUGAUUUCGACUUCGAGAAGCUGUGCUCUGUUUCUCUUUCGCAUCUCAACGUGUACGCUUGCAUGGUCUGCGGAAAAUAUUUCCAGGGGCGUGGAACGAACACUCAUGCCUACACACAUUCUUUGGAUACUGAUCACCGCGUAUUUCUGAAUCUUCAUACUCUCAAGUUCUACUGUCUCCCGGAUAAUUACGAAGUCGAUGACCCUUCCCUCGAAGAUAUAAAGUACGUGCUGAAACCUACCUACACGAAAGAGCUGAUAGCCAGCUUAGAUCGUCAACAUAGAAUGGCUAGAGCGUAUGACGACCUAACAUAUUUUCCUGGCGUUGUUGGUCUCAACAAUAUCAAAGCCAACGAUUACACAAAUGUGGUUUUGCACGCUCUAUCGCACGUGACUCCUUUACGUGAUUACUUCUUACGUGAAGAGAACUAUGAGAAUAUCAGGCGGCCUCCAGGUGAUAAACUCUCUCUCUUACCAAAACGGUUUGGAGAGCUCAUCAGAAAACUCUGGAAUCCGAAGGCUUUUCGCACACACGUUUCACCUCACGAAAUGCUUCAAGCAACAGUUCUAUGUUCCAAUAAGAAGUUUCAGUUCAUAAAGCAAGGUGACGCGGCUGAAUUUAUGAGUUUCCUACUCAAUACCUUGCACAUCGCCCUCAACGGUACACAAAAGUCGUCAUCUUCAAUUAUAUACAGAAUUUUCCGCGGUCGCAUGCGGCAAUAUUCACGGCGUGUGAUUCCAGCUGAAGCCACGGAAGAGCAAAGGUUGCAGUUACUGCAGCUACCGGAGUACAACGAAAGCUCUAAAGAGCUGCCGUUCCUUUACCUCGCUUUGGAUCUUCCACCAGCACCACUUUACCGCGAUGAACAGAUGCAAAAUAUCAUCCCGCAAGUGCCCCUGUCCGUGCUUUUGCAGAAGUUCAAUGGAACGACAGAAAAGGAAUACAAGACGUACAACGAAAACAUCAUGAAGAGAUUCGAACUGCUCCGCCUUCCCGAAUAUCUUAUUAUUACUUAUAAAAGGUUCCACAAAAACCAAUGGUUUGUGGAGAAAAACCCGACCAUCGUGAAUUUCCCGAUCAGUAAUGUGGAUCUCUUUGACUGUCUUUCUGAGGACACACGUUCUGAUCAUAAAUAUACAACCUACGACCUAGUUGCAAAUAUUGUUCACGACGGGAAACCUGAUCAAGGAACCUAUCGCAUCCAGCUUGUUCAUGUGGGAUCACGGAAGUGGUUUGAACUUGAAGAUCUUCAUGUGAAGGAGAUUCUUCCACAAAUGAUUGUGUUAGCAGAAUCCUAUAUUCAGGUAGGGCUGUGCUUUUUAUCAGAUUCAGGCUUUUCCCCUUCUUCAUGGGUUGAGCAUCAUUCAUUUCACUUAUAUUUACUCUGCUAUGCUGCCUACUGUCUUGUUGGAAGGCGAGGAACAGUGCGGUAA